AUGGACCCAGGACCCAGGACCCAGGACCCAGGACACAGGACACAGGACCCAGGACCCAGGACCCAGGACCCAGGACCCAGGACCCAGGACCCAGGACCCAGGACCCAGGACCCAGGACCCAGGACCCAGGACCCAGGACCCAGGACCCAGGACCCAGGACCCAGGACCCAGGACCCAGGACCCAGGACCCAGGACCCAGGACCCAGGACCCAGGACCCAGGACCCAGGACCCAGGACCCAGGACCCAGGACCCAGGACCCAGGACCCAGGACCCAGGACCCAGGACCCAGGACCCAGGACCCAGGACCCAGGACCCAGGACCCAGGACCCAGGACCCAGGACCCAGGACCCAGGACCCAGUAA